CAGCGUUUUUUUUUGCGACAUGCGCUGGCUGCUGGGAGCCGUGUUGCUUUGGGGAAGUGUUUGCAAAACAUUUGUCUCCAACAAUGUGCACAGCAUUCACACCAAGGGUGAAAUCCGGGGAGGAAUACAAACACCUUGCACAAGCUAGCCAUGAUGAUGGGCUUCUGCGGGUUGGGAGCCAUGGCUUCUACAAGGCGUGCCUAAUGGCACUACUUUGUGUAGUUGGUGCUGCCUUGGCAGCAGGGCUAACCAUGGGGCUGGUGUCCAUAGAUCCGAUGGAGAUGGAAAUCAUUGUCAAGACGGAAGACAAGGAUAUGGUCGAGGCUUCUGCGAAACAGAAGCUCAAGAAGGAUCAAGCUGCUGCGGAGAGGAUUCUGCCACUUAUUCACGACCAUCACUUGUUGUUGGUCACACUGCUGCUGAUGAAUUCCAUUGCGAAUGAAGCCUUGCCAUUGUUUCUCGACCAGAUUGUACCGUCUUGGCUCGCAGUUGUGCUUUCUGUCUCCUUAGUGUUAAUGUUCGGGGAGAUCAUUCCUUCUGCCGUGUUCACCGGUAGUGAACAGCUGACAAUGGCAUCCCGCUUUGCUGGGCUUGUUAGUGCCUUCAUGUUCGUUCUCACUCCCAUCUCUUGGCCAAUAGCAAAACUGUUGGAUCGUGUUCUUGGUGCCGACCACAAAGGGCGAUACAACUUUGCAGAAUUGCGGGCCAUUGUCUCGAUGCACGCUGGUCUCAGAAUGGGUAGCGAUGAGGAGGAUCAGGUGGUGUUUAAGUCCCAUGAUGACAAAGAGCUUGGCAUCAUUUUCUCAUUGCAACCGCAUUCCUUCACUUCGGAGAGUGUGGUGAUGUUUUCUGAGACAAGCGAAAUUCCUGCAAAGUCCACCAAGCUCAAGGUUGGGCAGAUGUAUUAUGCAUCGCCCUGUGAACCCUGGAGCGUUGAUGAGGCUUCAGGUCCGGACAUGGCUUUCAGACUCUACAGCCACCGGGAAAGGAAUCCAGAUGAUUUGAUCAUCUUCAAGUCGGGCGAGCUCACCUCGGGGGUGUUUAAGUUACAGGAGCGAGACGAGAUCAAGAUCAUGCAUGGCGUCAUGAAUUUGACACAUAUGACAGCGCAAGAGGCUCUAGUGCCCCUGCGGUCUGCCCACAUGUUGGAUGCUGAUGCCGUGAUUAACCACGACACCCUGCGGGAGAUUGACAGUUUCGGCCAUUCCCGCAUUCCGGUCUACAGAAAGCACAAGCACAAUGUCCGCGGGUUCAUCCUGGUCAAGAAGCUCAUUAUGCUGACUCCAGAGCAGCUCAAUGGAAGCCUGACUUUUGGUGACCUGCAUUUGUUUCGAAUGACCCUUGUGCACCCCGGUAUGCUGAUGUUGGAUUUGCUGAACAAGUUCCAAGAUGAAAAGUGUCAUUUGGGACUAGUCACCAGCAACCCGGAGGCGGUGGAAGAAGCCUGGGCUCAGCAUCAGGAGGUUCCACCGGAUGUGCACAUGAUGGGCCUCAUCACUCUGGAGGAUGUAAUUGAGAAGCUCAUCCAGGAAAAUAUCGAAGAUGAGAGUGACAUUCUAGAGAAGUCAGGGAGAAGUACGAAGUCACUGCCGCUUGGUAGUGGCGUUUCUCCUCGCAAGCUUGGCAUGGAUGCCAAAGGCUCCCCCAGAUUACUCCCAGCACCAGCGCCUACUUCAAACACUCUGAAGGCGCCUCUUCUUGCCAAAAGGGCGAGUGAACCUCCUUUGAACCGACAGGAACCAGUUGAGCGACAAGUGGAAAUCCCGGAUGUGGGAACAGAGUCUGACUUACAGCGGCGACGGCUACAACUCAUGAAAACAACGGCUCAACCUGAGAAUGUUCCGUGAGACUCCACAAGUGCUCAUGGCAAACCUCGAAGUUCUUUGAUGAUUAUCUUCGAAUACCUUUUGAAUUUGGCAGACUCCGAAUUAAUACUCUACACUUGGAGCCUGAUGGCUCCAAAAGUAACAGUGGCCUGCCAAAAGUGGCUUGCUAGCAUCACCUGCUGCACAUGCUGCUAUCCACGCGCGACUGUGGACGGCAAUCCUUUUUCAUUAGCCGAA